UCACUAAGUUGCUGAUGCUGGCCUUGAAUUUGCAAUCCUCCUGCCUCAGCCUUUUGAGCCACUGGGAUUACAGGUGUGUGCUAAGGUGCCCAGCUGUGGUUUUUUAAAUUAAUGAACAAUACAAAUUAAUUGCCAGGAAAAAAGGGGGGAUAUAGGGAGGACCCAUAGCUUACAAAUGACUUAGAAGGGACUGGGGUUGUGGCUCAGAGGUAGAGUGCUUGCCUAGCACAUGUGAGGCACUGGUUUCAAUCCUCAGCACCACACAAAAAUAAAUAAAGAUACUAUGUACAUCUAAAUACUAUGUACAUCUAAAAGAUGUACAUUAAAAAGAAUGCAUAUUGAAAUACUCAGAGAAGAAAUGGUGUGAUGUCUUAGAUUUGCUUCACAUUAUUCCAGUAGCAGAGAUAAGGGUGGGUGAUAUCUAUGAUUGUUGAUGCAUAGUGGCAGGUAUAUUGGAUCAUUAUGCUGUUUCCUCUACUGGUUCUGGUUUGAGAACUUCCAUAAUGAUAAAAGUUAUUAUAAUUAUCAUGCCAUUAAAUUUCAAAUUCUAAGUAAAAUGGACCACUUUUAGAGUAAAAAUGACCAAGCCAGUUCAUAUAGAAAUAGACUAGUUCUUCUUGAUUAAAUAAAGUAGAUGAGAACACCACCGUUACCACCACCCUCAUCCACCAUGAAAAGAACUAAGCCAAGCUCACUCACAUGGCAGGAAAUAAUGCUAAAUAAAUAAAUAACAGCAUAUUAAAACAGCCAUGAAUUAAAUGAACAAAUAAACUAUGUCUGAGGAAUGAAAACAUGAUUUAACAUUGGAAAACACUUUCUACUGUAAUUCUGUAACAAAUUAGAAUAAUGUAUUAAUUUUCUAGGACUGCUACAAUAAAGUACUACAGACUGAGUAGUUUAAGUAGUAGAAGUUUAUUUCCUCAGUUCUGGAAGCUUGAAGUCCAACAUGAAGGUAUCAGAAGGGUUGGUUUCUUCAGAGGCCUCUUUAUUUGGCUAUAGAUGGCUGUCUUCUCUCUGCAUAUUCACAGUCUUCCUUCUCUGUGUGUAUGUGUGCUAAUCCAUUUUCACUGGUCAUAUUGGAUUAAGGCCUAUCCAUGUGAAAUCAUUUGACCUUGCCAUACCUCUUUACAGGCCCUGUCUCCAGUUAGAAUCAUGUUCUGAGGUACUGGAGGUGAGGGUUUCAACAUAUGAAUAUGGGAGAACACAAUUUAGCCCAUAACAAGAAAAAAAUAUUUGAUUGCAUCAAUGGGUAGAGAAGAAAACCUUUGAAAGAAAUUCAACACUAGUUCCAGGUAAAUUUUCUAGCAAACUUAGAAGGAAAUUUUCAUUUCUUAAAAUCUACAGCAAACAUACUUAAAUGUGUAUGUGUUAUUUGUGGGUGUGCCCUUUUCAAUUUCUUUCACCAGUGUAUUGAAUUUUCAUCUAGUAGGUUUUCCACUUUAUCAGUUAUUAUUUAUUCCUAGGUAUUUAUUUUUUGUAGCUUUGGUGAAUAGAAGUGCUCUCAUUAUUUCUUUCUCAAGAACUUUGUUAUUGGUGGCUAAAAGUACUACUAACUUCUGUAUGUUGAUUUUGUCCUGAAACUUCACUGAAUGUGUUUCAUUCCUAAUAGUCUUCUGGUGGAGUCUUUAGAUUUUUCUAAAUAUAGAACCAUGUCAUCUGCAAACAGGCAUAAUUUGACUUUCUCCCUUCUUAUUCGUAUGCUUUCAUUUCCUUCUCUUGUCUGACUGCUCUGGCUAAAACUUAAAGUACUGUAUCAAAUAAAAGUUGUGUAAGUGGACACUCUUAUCUUGUUCCAGAUCUUGGAGGAAAUGUUUUCAGGUUUCCCUACUGAGUAGGAUGUUGGAUGCAGGUUUGUCAUAUUCAGCCUUUAUUAUGUUGAGUUAUGAUCCUUCCAUAUUUAACUUGUUCAAAAUUUUUAUCAUGGAAGGAGGUUGAAUUUUAUUGAAUGCUUUUUCUGCAUCAAUUGAGAUAAUCACAUGAUUUUUAUCCUUUAUUCUGUUGAGGUGAUGUAUUAUGUUUAUUGAUUUGUGUAUGUGGAACAAUCCUUGCAUCCCUGAGAUAAAUCCCACUUGAUCACAGUGAAUGAUUAUGUAAUAUGCUGUUAGGUUCAAUUUGCUAGUAUUUUUUUUCCAUCUGUAGAUACUAUCUUAGAGAAGAAAAACACUCAUUGCAUUAACAUUAUGGGUUGGAGUUUCUUAUGUGAUUCCCAAAUCCAUCUAUGAUUUUUUUGUUUUGAUACAAUUUAUAGCCAUGGUAAGAAGACUAUCACAGACAGGCCUGGUUCAACUGUGGUCUUUAGUUUCAAUAAGUCCAUCCGUCAUGUAGUUGGCUGUCACUGCUAAAUCUAUUGCUUGCAGAAGCCUCAGAGCUCCGGGUUUGCAGAGUAGAAUGCUCACCAUUUAAGCUUUUUCCACAUACAGGACAUGUGUCAUGUAGUUCUAUCCGUGGUACAGUACAACUGCUGUGGAAGAAGUGAUUGCUAUAACUACUGGACUUCUUUUUCAAUUGUGUAAUCUUCUUGGCAUACUAGACAUUCUAAACCCACAUCAACUUUUACUCAGUUACUAUCACUGUUAGAAAAGAUGAAAUUAUUUUUUCCUCAUUGACUAGGGGAGACCCUAUGUUUUCCAGUUGUCCUAAAAGCUGAAUUACAAUGGCAUCAAACACUAUUUGACCCCAAGCACAGUUCCCAGGGUUGAAGUGCAGUAUCCUGCUCCAAUAAAAAGUGUAUGGGAAUCCAAGAAUUGCAGAAUUUGCAAAAAUCACGCAAGCAUCUGUUUUAUUUCCUCAAUAACUAGAGCUCUGUCAGGAUAGGGUUAGUAUUUCUUUGAGACCUAUAACUCUGAGUCAUUGGCAGCCUUGAAGGCUGACUUUGUCCCAAGAAGUCAGUGUGAGUUUGGUGACCCUUCUCAUUAGCUUUGUUAUCUCGGUCCAGUAGAUUGCUACUUAGAAAUGAUCUAAACUCUUGGAAAAACAUCAUGUGAUCCAAAUGGCCUCAAAGCUCUGUGAAAUGUGUUGAUUUGCUAUUUUUUAUCCAGCUGCUACCACCACCUGAAAAAACAGUAAUCUGGGGCUGAAAUUGCUCUUGUAAAAGUGGCUUAAAAACCCAUGUGUGGCUACAGCAGCACCCAUGUCUGCCCAAGUCACUGAACCCUCCACCAACUCCACCAAUUUUCUCUCUGCCAUAGCUGUGUGAGAGAGUGGCCAGCCAGUCCCUGACCAGGUCACCACCUUCCCACUGCUACCUCCUUGGUGCAUCCCACAGCUCCAGUGUCCACAGGACCCAGAGAGGUGGCAUCCUAGGCAGGAACCCAGCUGCCCACUUUCUAGCACCUAAGAAAAGUAGGAAAAAGAGUCCCUCAAUUUUAUAGUAUUUUCUUGAGACUUUAUUUGUACCUAUGUUCAUCAAGGAUAUUGCUCUGCAGUUUUCUUUGUUAUUGUAUCUAUAACAGAGUUUUGUGGCUCUUGUAGAAUGAGGUUGGAAUAGUUCUAAGAGAAAUGAUGUUAGUUCUUCCUUAAAUGUUUGGUCAAAAAUCUGAAAAUAAAUCUACCAUAUGAUCCAAGUGUCCCCUUUCUGCAUUUAUAUGCAAGGGUAAUAAAAUCAGCAUGCCAAAACGAUGCCUGUACUCCUAUUGUGGUGGUAUUCACAAUAGGUAAGAUAUAGCAAAAACUGAGGUGCUAACUGAUGUGUGAAUGGAUAAAGAAAAUGUGCAUGUAUACACAAUGGAAUACUAUUCAGCCAUAAAUAAAAAUGAAAUCCUUUCAUUUGCAGCAAAAUAGAUGGAACUUGAGGAUACUGUGUUAAGUGAAAUAAACCAUACACAGAAAGAGGUAAGUACUGUGUGUUCUCCUUCAUAUGUGGAAAGUGAAAAAAGAAGUCUCACCCGCAGCCUGCAUGGGGACAGAGUAAGUAACCCUAGGAGGUGUGGGCCAACUGGAAUUAAAAUUCUGAAAAGUAGUAUUAAGAAAAAACAAAGGACACAGAAAAAUAGGUUUAAAGCAGGGGUCUUGACAGGUGGAAGAGACUUGAUGGGUCUGAUUCUGACCAAGGGAAAAAGCUUGUGAAUGCUUUAUUUAUAGUUAAGGAAUUUAUAGUAUGGAAUAGUUUUUCAUGGUAAACAAGAAGUGGAGGCUGUGGGAAAGUUGGCCUGGUUGGAGACUUAUCACUUGUGCAGUAAUUCUUCCUCUUCCAGGCAGUUGGACCACAAGGCUAAUUGCGGCACUGGUGUCUCUCUCUACCUCCAGGGAGUUGUGUUUGAACCUAGGACUAUCUGAGCUAGUAAAUUCUGCAAUAUCACAGAAUUCUCUUUAAGCAGGAUGUUUGUCAAAGCAAUGAAGCAGUCUCAGAUUGAUAAAAUAAUAUUGAGAGUUCUCUAAGGGGCUCACCUCUGCUUAGAGAUGGCUCAGACUUGCCCACAAUUAAUUCGUGGAUUCCAACAAAAAAGUUUACUAGAGGGUGGGAAGAGAAGGGAAGGAAGGAUAGAGAAAGGUUGGAUAACGCUACCAAAGUACAGUUACACAGAAGGAAUAAGUUUGGGUGUUCAGCAGCACAGUGGGAUGACUAUAAUUCACAAUAACCUAAUACAUGAUCUUUUAUGAAGAUCUAAAAGAGAGGCAUUAGAAGCCUCUGAAAAUAAAUGACAUGGAGAGAGAAAUGCUAAUUAUACUGAUUACUUAAUAGACAGUGUUGAAAUUUCACAGUGUAACCCAUUCAUAUGUACAUUUAUUACAUGUUAAUAAAAAAUGCCUGUUAAAGUCAAGGAGAAGAUAUUGAUAUAUGCUAUCCAAAACUGUACUGGAACACAAAGCCAGAAAACUGUGUACAAAAUAAGUAAUAGGUAUUACCAUGGAAAGGAAAGAGAUAAUAUCUGGUGACUUAGACUUUUCAGGCUACUCUAAUAAAAUAUUACAGAUUGGGUAGGUUAUAUAAAUCAGAAAUUUGGGGUGGAUCCAAGCUGGUGGGCCAGAGGGAGGCAGCAUUCUGUGUCGCUCCGUGACCUGGAACUCAAGUAGUGAGAAUCUACUUCUCUGAGAGCAAUAUUCCUGCUCCCAUGCAGAAAUCAGGUUACCGUGCCCAUCCAGGGCUCCAGGCCUCAGCAUCACAGUAGGUCUCCCAAUUACUGCCCACGAAGGAUAACCAGGUACCCAAGUGGGACCAUGAGCACCCUGACAGAUAUCACUGUCACUGCUCCCACGCAGGGCACCCAGCAGCUUCCCACGCACAGGAACUCUGGCCACCACUCCCAUGUGGACCCCCAUCUACUAACGUGGGGCACCCCUGGUCACCGCCAUCUUGGGACUCUGUAGCAGUGGAGAUAGUCCCCCUAUGUGCCAUAGCUUGCCUGCACCUGGGAACCUCACACAGGCUCUGAAGUCAGCCACAGCCACACACUGCACUCCACAGAGCUCAUCUCUGAAUUCAUCGUCCAACAGAUCACUCGGCUCUCCCACCAGACCUGACACCCCAUCACCGAAAGCAGGCACCUCCAUCUUGGGUCACCUUUAUCACCAUCUUCAGUGGAGGCAACUCCCAGUUUGGAACUCUGUCUGGCCAGGCAGGUGAAAGCCCUGUUUUUGUGUGUGACAUCAGCAGAGGGAGAAGUCCCAAGAUCUUUUAAGAGUCAAGGUAAGGUAAAGACAUUGAAGGAGGAAUAAUGGUACCCCCCCCAAAAAAAAAACACCAGAAACAAGGGGCUCUGCGGAAACUCCCAUUAUGUUCCUGCUGUCAACUCUGGAAGGAUUGGCCAGAUAUGGUGUGCUCUCACUUCCUUCACGAGGUAAGUGCGGGUACCUCUGGGAAUUGAGGUCUUGAUCUGAAAGGAUAAUUUCAUGUCAGUAGGGGUUGGCUCAGGCCCUGUUGGGAAUAAGGAUGAACACCGUAAAGGAUGGCUGAAGAUAUGAUAACCCCACAGUAGAGUAGAUGGGACCUAACCAUGGGCAGAAAUGGCUGCAUGUGGCAUCUCUUCAUUUCUGUCUUAAGAGUCUCAGAGAAGUGAGAGCCUUGGCCUAAGGGUGUGACUGCAGGUCAGCAGAGGGAGGAGUCCCAGGCUCCAUUUGGUGUCAAGGACUGAAGACGUACCCAGUGCUACCUUGCCUAUGCUGACAGCUCUUGGAAGCCCAAAGCCUACUAGCCAGAUGUGCUGAAGUUCCAUCUUCAUGAUCUCAAAGAAUUGAGGACUUUUUCUGAGAGGGAGAUAAGGGUUCCUAAGGUACAAGCCAACCAGAAAGACAACAGACCUGUGAAACUCUAAGAUAUCACCUAAAGACAAGACUUGCUUGUGGUAUCCUAUCACUACACUUCUGCUCACACUCUUACCUGCUGCUUCCAACAAUAAUCAUCAUGCCUCGCUUUCCAAAACGUCCACGCCUCACCCUUGAGCAAGACUUCCAGAACCCAUUUGAUAUACAGGACUUGAUUAUUGCACAGGCUCCCACAGCUGAGAAGGAAGGUGAUACCUCCUCCUCUUCAUCUUCCUCUUUAAACUUGUCCUACCCCUCCUCCUCUCCUCCUUCACCCUCCUCUUCUUCUUCCUCUGCUUCCUCUUCUUCUUCUCUGAUUUUGGAUACCCCAGAGGAGGAGGAGCCUGUUGCUGCAAUGUGUAAUUCUCCCCAGAGUUCUCCCAAGACUACUCCCCCAAGUACUCCUCAGAGUUCUCCCAGGACUUCUCCCAACACUCAGAGCUCGCACUCCUCCCUGACUUCAUGGAACAAGUUAGAUGAAGAGUUCAGCAGCCAAGAAGAGAGUUCAAGCACCUUUCAGUCUUCAACCGAUACUGAAUUCUUGCCCAGAGACCCGCUUGAGGAGAAGGUGACUGAUUUGGUGCAUAUCCUGAUUCUGAAGUAUCGACUGAAAGAGCCCAUCACAAAAGUGGAAAUGCUCAGAGUUGUGACCAAAGAGUAUAAGCAUCAAUUUCCUGUGAUCUUCAAGAAAGCUACUAAGUGCUUGGAAGUGAUUUUUGGUAUUGAUGUGAAGGAAACAGACACCGCCAGCCACCUCUAUGCCCUUGUAAACUCACUCAACCUCACCUAUGAUGAGAUACUGACUAAUGACCAGAGCAUGCCUAAAAAUGGCUUCCUGAUAAUUAUUUUGGGUGUAAUAUUCAUAGAGGGGAACUGUGCCUCUGAGGAAAACAUCUGGGAAUUCCUGAAUAUGAUGGGAGUGUAUGAUGGGAAGGAGCAUUUCAUAUACGGGGAGCCCAGGAAGUUCAUCACUAGAGAUUUGGUGCAGGAAAAUUACUUGGAGUACCGGCGGGUGCCCAAUAGUGAUCCUCCAUACUAUGAGUUCCUGUGGGGUCCAAGAGCUAAAGCUGAAACCACCAAGAUGAAAGUUUUAGAAUUUUUGGCCAAGGUCAAAGGAAGUGACCCUAUUUCCUUCUCUAGCUGGUAUGAGGAGGCUUUGAGAGAGGAGGAAGAGAGAACUCAGGACAGAAUUGGUCCUGUAGAUGAUAGUACAGCCUUGUUCAUUGCCCAGCAUUGGUCAGCAGCAUCUCCUGCCCCUAGUGAAGAAUGAGGCAGAUUCUCUACUCUGUUUUUGAAGAAGGCAAUUAAAAUUCCAAGUAGAGGAGGGUCAGGGUCAUGUUCGGGAGAACACGGUGUAUAAUUUUCUGUUCCUGUUCUGUAUGGUGACAAUUACUAUCUUUUGGGGGGAGUACUUUUCAAGUGCUGUUUCUGUUAGAAUAACUAGCUUAAAUAACUAUUUAAAUAACUGUUAGAAUAACUAGCUUAAAAUCUAGUUUGAGUGACAUUGCUGUCUAUCACAUUUUGAGAAAAAAUAUGCAGUUAAUUUUUUUUAUUCCUUUAGCUCUUUUAGACUAUUCUGUAAAAUUAAAUGCAGUGAACUUGGAUUUGCUUGGCUUAUUCAAGAAAGUAUGAAAAAUAUCAUUAAAUCUUAAUGAAUUAAGGUC